AUGGCGCAAGUUCGGAAUAUAGUGAUUCGUAAAAUGAGCGAACACGACAUGCAGGACGUGGCCGCGAUCUACAACCACUACGUGAGAACAUCUAUCGCCACCUUGCAAGAAGAAGAUACAACAGUAGCCUUGAUGGGAGCAAAGCUGCUCGGCAUUCGGCAGAAAGGGCUGCCGUGCCUGGUCGCUAUCAGUACUAACUCGCCCACUGUCUGCGGUUACGCCUAUGCAGAUGACUGGAACACGCGUUCGGGAUAUCGAUACUCGGUGGAAGGGACUAUCUACCUCCACAAAGACAAUUGCCGGCAAGGCCUUGGCAAAAUCCUUCUCGAAGCGCUUAUUGCAGACUUGCGGAAGUGCGGCAAGAAGCAGGUACUGGCAAAGAUGUCCAUCACUCCCGAGCAAAGCAUUGAAGACGUACCAUCCUGCCGCCUGCACAGGUCCUUUGGCUUCGAGGAAGUAGGCAGAUUGAAAAGGGUUGGUCUGAAGAACGAUGUUUGGCUAGAUGUAGUGAUCUUCCAGCUUGCAUUGGAGGGAGUAGAGGGCUCGAAGUCGGUUACGGCCGGCGAUGAACAUUGA